AUGACUGCUCGUCGACCUCCCCCAGCCUAUGAUGCGCCUCUGGAUUCGGAAAUUCAUGCUACUUCGCAGCUUUACCGGUCUAUCUCGAAGACCGCAACAGACCCCGCAGCACGCCUCUCCAGGGACUCAUUUACAAUUCGGCCAUGCUCCGGACAGGCAUGGCUGGUGCCCGCGGGCCACAUCUGCCGCUUAACGACACCCGAGGGCCCGCAAGUGGGUGAUCUCAACAUUUGGAAUGCCAAUAACCCUCGGGAGCGAAUGUGGGCUGCACGCACCCGACAGAUUCACGCCUCUCACGUCUCCGUCGGUGAUCGCCUGUGGUCCAAUCUGCCCUAUCUGCGGCCACUUGUGACCAUCACUGGAGACUCGCUUGGCGGCGGGCAAUUAUAUGAUGUACUGGGCCCAGAUGGGAAGCGAAAGCCGGAUCUUGUCUUUGGUAGCACUCCAUUCGGAGGACGAGUCCAUGACUUGAUGGGUACCCGAUGCGAUCCCUAUGUGAAUCUUCUGAUGGGCGGCGAAACUUUCGACUUUCACUGCCACUCGAACCUCACGCGCUCGGUGGCCCCCUAUGGACUGACGGAACUGGAUGUUCACGACGUGUUGAAUGUAUUCCAGGUUACGGGGUUGGACGAAGAAGGAAAAUACUUCAUGGAGACUUCCCCCGCAAAGGCCGGAGAUUAUUUUGAGUUCUUUGCCGAGGUCGAUGUCCUCUGUGCGCUGUCUGCAUGCCCCGGUGGCGAUCUUUCCAAUUGGGGAUGGGACGACAAGGAAGGCGGUAUGGGAGCUACUUGCCGUCCGCUUGGAGUGGAAGUAUAUGAGCUGGCAGAUAAGAAGGUCCUGGACGAUUGGAAAGCACCGCAGAGCCCCAAGUACCGGGGUUUGCACGGAAUGAGCAUGCCACCUCGUGCGCAUGAUGGCUUCGUCGGGCUCUAA